UUCCCUUUCUACACAUUUCCAGGCUGCAAUUAUCUACUUUCAAUGGCUUCAAUGGCUAGCUCCAGUACUAUCCUCAGGCCAACUCCAUUUCUUGGCCAAAAGGGUUCAACUGCUAAUCCUCUCAGAGAUGGUGUCGCCAUGGGAAAUGGCAAAUACAUCAUGGGGAAUGAGUUGUGGUAUGGACCAGACAGAGUGAAGUACUUGGGACCCUUUUCAGCUCAGACUCCUUCAUACCUGACUGGAGAAUUUCCAGGUGACUAUGGAUGGGACACUGCUGGUUUGUCAGCUGAUCCUGAGGCUUUUGCCAGGAACAGGGCUCUUGAGGUGAUUCAUGGGAGAUGGGCUAUGCUUGGAGCACUAGGCUGCAUCACACCAGAAGUACUUGAGAAAUGGGUAAAGGUGGACUUCAAGGAACCAGUAUGGUUCAAAGCUGGAGCUCAAAUCUUCUCAGAAGGUGGCUUAGACUACUUGGGAAACCCAAACCUAGUCCAUGCACAAAGCAUCCUUGCAGUUCUUGGAUUCCAAGUGGUCCUAAUGGGACUUGUUGAAGGAUUCCGCAUCAAUGGUCUCCCUGGAGUGGGAGAGGGCAAUGAUCUUUACCCCGGCGGCAAGUACUUUGACCCUCUAGGCCUUGCAGAUGAUCCAGUUACAUUUGCAGAGCUGAAGGUGAAGGAGAUCAAGAAUGGAAGGCUAGCCAUGUUCUCAAUGUUUGGUUUCUUUGUUCAAGCUAUUGUAACUGGGAAGGGUCCCCUGGAGAACCUUUUGGACCACCUUGACAACCCAGUUGCUAAUAAUGCUUGGGUCUAUGCCACAAAGUUUGUCCCUGGAUCAUAAAUUGAUGAUUUGUAAUGGAAACUCUACCACCUAGGGUAUCAAAAUUUCCUGUACUAUCAGAUUUAAAAACUUGAGUGUCGGUUGGAGUCCAAUGUACAUUUUAAUUUUAUGGCGAUGCUCUUCUUCUUUA